UAAGAUCACUCGAUUUUCCAGGAAAGAGGCUUGUGACCUCCAUGUCCAGUUCUUUCGUGGACACUCGUAGGAACCUCAUAGCCAUUCGUCUGGUCUGCGAAAGCGAGGAACUACGAGCAUUCCUCUCACGAAAGUCGCCCAUGGUUGCUACCCAGCCUGAAGAAUUACCCAAAGCAUCAGCCUUCUCCGAUGGUGGAAUCGUCCGCGCUAUGUAUCGAUCUGUCACCGAGAGCAUUGACGACAUUUUCUUUGGGCCGUCCAUGCUGGAUGUUAUGAUACAGCGCUUGACCAGGCAAGCUGCCGAAUUUGCUGGCAUCGCCGGAUCUGGACUACAAGACGAGGAUCUAAUUGCACAAGCGUUUUCGUCUGGAAAGGAGACCCCAGAAGCCGCCCUAGCGAAACUUCCAAGUGAUCUUAAACCUCUCGAGG